AGCUCUAGUACAUAAUUUUAUGCCGCUAAUCCAAGUACUAGUAGCCAAGCCGCUAGGCAACCCCUGAAGCUUGGUUUGUUGCGGCUUACGUGAAUCCUGAGAUGGAAGGAGCAAACAAGUUCCAAGUUAGACCUCAACACUCAACCUACAACAAAGCUUGGUCUACGGCUAAAAUGCUUUAUUCACAGCUCUCUAGAGCCUUAGGCUCGGUGCCUUUAUACUAAACCAUGCAUUGGAACAAUCGGCUCUAGGUCGCCUGAAUCUUGGCGCAGCCCCCACAUAGUCAUGACUUCCAAGCUUCAGCUCCGCCAUGAGUCUUAUCCCCCUGUUUCCUGAAGCCGCUGUUGUCAGCUCUAUAAUAUUCUGGCUCUGCAAAUAUGGUCAUGCAACCUCCAAAGAGACACAGAAAGUUCGCGAAGCGAUCAUCUACAGGAUGUCGAACUUGCCGCGCUCGCCAUAUCAAAUGCGACGAAGCACCAGGUGCAUGUAAUAAAUGCACAUCCACGGGUCGAAAGUGCGAUGGAUAUGACCUGGCUCGUUUGCCUGUCGCAAGGCUUGCGCUCGCCCUCUACCCCGACAUCGCUCCCCGACUGGCCUGGUUGACAACGACGGACGAGAAACGCUGCUUUUCAUAUUUCAUGCACUCCUCCAUCCCGAGUUUAUCGAUGUUCUUCGACCAGCCGCUGUGGGAGAAAGUGGCCAUGCAGAUGAGCCACGUCGACCGUGCCGUCUACCAUGCUGCCAACAUGCUUGGCGCUUUGCACGAGGACUCGGAGCAGAACCAGAUGCGUUUGUCGGGGGAAGAUCUCAGCCAUCCUCGACAUAGGUUCGCGCUGGAUCAGGCUUCUCGCGCCUAUGAAAUCCUUCACCGGCGCCAGGCUUCGAACGACCCCCAGCUUCGGGAGGUUAUGCUGCUGUGCUGCUUGCUUUUCGUUCUCUCGGAUCUGCUGAUGGGACGAUAUGACAAUGCCCUACAACACCUGAGAGGUGGCCUUCGCAUUCUACAAGAGACACAGCAACAGCGGCAGCAACGGUGUAUACCGGAGCUAGACGAUGGUUUGAUUUACAUGUUUCAAAGGCUGGACACCGAAUUUUCUCAUUUUGGGCCAGGGGAGCCGUUUCUCUUUUCAGGCGGCGGACUAGAGGAGGAUUGGCCUGAGACGGACGAGUUGCAUACCCUAGAUGAUGUGCGUAUGAGUGUGAGAUGUGCAUUAAACGUGGGAAUACCUUUUCUCGCCAAAGCCUGGUUGCUCACCGGGACCGAUAUUGCAGCGGAUUACGUUGACCUGCACCGCAAACAGGAGCGAAUUCUCUCUGUCUACUAUAAACUCCAAGCCCAGAUACAAACGCUUUGCGACAAACCCCACUCUAGGUUCGGUUACAAGGAGCAACGAGGACUCGGCCUUUCAAAGCUGCAAUGUUUGGGCCAGAUCCUCGCUAUCAAGACGUGCCUCAUUGACGGGCCGUUGCCUUCCAGCUGGAUUCCCGAAUUUGCUGCCUUGCUAUCGGCUCUUAGGGGGUUUCUCGCGGAGUUCUCGGAGCGUCCAACGAUCACAAUGGACUACGGUAUCAUACCGUGCCUGUAUGUCGUGACCCGAUGCCCACACUACUUGAUUCGCCUGCAAGCAAUCGAAAUCUUGUUGAGUUGGCCGCAUUGCGAAGCAGUUGUCAACUCUAACAUGGUGGCUUCGAUAGCCCUUGAAACCCUCAGGAAAGAAAUGCAAGCUAGUGACCGGCUCGAGGUCUUGGGUGUUGACGACGAAGCCGCGAAAGCGUUGAACUCGUAUCUUUCCAAGAUCUUCGAGUCGACUCCGCAUGCUGUGAAUUGGCCCACUGUCCACGCUUCCAAGAUACUCCCCCCGUCAACACAUACCUGGACCAAUUCAAUACAAGAUGUAGCUACCCAGUGACUGUAAUUUGGUCUCAAAUUCUAUACUUUAAAUGGAACCUUUAGCGGCUGCGUGGCCAUCGACCUUCUGCGACUUUACACGAUUUCCCAACUGAUGAUGUAUUGGCCUCUCCUGUUACAGGGUCGCCUCGAAUAAAGCAACGGGAUGUGUGUUCGACUGACCCUUCCAGACCUUAGCUACCUUGAAACCCGCCUUUUCAAGAAGAGUGACCCAUUCCUUCUCAGUUCUUUCCAAGGCGGAGAACAUCUCCAUCAUAUGGAAAUCGAGCGUCGCGGCUAGUGGCGGCACAUUGGCUCCCUCAGGGGUCGUGUGUUCAUGAAUAAGGAGGAUAGAGUCCUCCGCCAUCGCCUCACGAAUGCAGGAAAGAGCCUCCAGGGCUUGCUUCUCCGGCCAGUCGUGCAAUACCGUUCGUAAAUAGUACGCUUUCGCACCCUUGAUUGGCUGUGGCUUGAACAUGUCAUGGCCAAUUGCAGUGAUACCACCAGGGAGUGGCUCUUUGAUGGCGCCAAUGACUUGAGGGAGAUCCUGAAGGAUUAGCUGUCCCGUGAGCUUUGGGAACCUGUUUCUGAAAGCUUUGAUGUCGUGGCCAACGCCGCCGCCAAUGUCGACGAGCAAGGCUCUAUCCGAGGGCUCAGAUGUGUUCAGUUUCAGCUUCUCAGUAACUGGAAACAUCUCAAACCAAUCCUCUCCGCGGAACUGCUGACUUGUCGUCAUGACCGCGUUGAAAGCCUUUUGGACUUCAGGAUUCUUCUUGAGCCAAUCAAAAUAAUGUUCCUUGGUAUUAUAUGCCAGUUGGAAAGGGGCAUCGUAAGCAUCCUCGGGGUUUUUAUAACCCCUUUCUUCAAGGUACGCGAAGAUCUUCGCACUUGCUUGCAUACAGGCAUGGCUAAAGAAACGAAAUCAGUAAGCGUCGGGGUGGCAAAGGCUGAAAAUGAAGCAUUGUGCAACACCU